AUGGCAUCAAUUACCAAGAAACCUCAUUUGCCCAAGUCCGUGCUGGAUAUGAAAUUUAUGAAAAAAACAAAGGAAAGGAUAGAAAAGGAGUUACAAAAUACUCAUGAUCACGACAGUCUAUACUCUAAUAUUAUUACAAGUGAAAUGCGCCACGCUUCUGGCAACUUUAUAUCUGAAUCAAGCUUUAUAUUUUGUGAAGACUUGAUGGAAGGAAGGUUAUCUUUUAAAGGCAUGAACCCAGAAAUUGAACGGCUUAUGGAGUUGGAGCAGGGAAAAAUCGAAGAAGCGGUCAAAGGCGACAUGGGUAAAGACGUGUCAGACGAAAUACUAGCCAAGAAAAUGGAAGCAUUCAACAAAAGGAAACGAGGUUAUGACAGCCCCAGCAAUGCUGGAGUCAAAAAGAAGAAAUAUAAUAGGAACUAG